UAUCAGUUGUUCUAGAAAUGAAAACGAGAGAGGAGAUAAAUGGAAGAGGAGAAGAGUAUGGAAAGUAGACAUGAGAAAUGUAGGCAUGGAGUUGUCAACAGCGUAGCGUGGGUCCAUUUGUCGCUGAAGCUUGCGAAGACCACGUCUGCUGCCGCUGGGGACGCCACCAUGAUUGACCAACGCAAGAUUGAUGUUGCUAGACUUUAAUCUUGAAGGAGAAACUUGGUCCAAACCCAUCAAAAGCCCACGGAUGGCAUCAUCUAUCUAGAACUUGGUUGACGUUGCCAGACUUGAAUCUUGAAGGAGAAACUUGUUCCAAACCCAUCAAAAUCCCACGGAUAUCAUCAUCUAUCCAGAACCCAGUCCACAGCACGCUUUUCCUCUGGAUUCACUGAACACAAAGCUUGGUCCGAACCCGAGAACCAUGUCUGACCCAGCUGAGAUGGAACGAUAUCUAAGCCGCCAAAGAAAAUAUCAGUGAAGCUGGAGAUGAUCCGACCGUGGAACGAGGCUGAGAGAUCCGCUCGCGUUCACUGGUUCAUCAGUUGAGCCUGUUCUUCGUUUCCUCUCGCUUGCUUUGCUUCGUCUCUUCUCCCCCGCCCACAGUUCUCCAUCGAUUAAAGAAAGACAAAGCCAGCGAUGCUCGUCUCCGCCGCCACCGGCGUCAGUAGUUCUCCACCGCCGCUGGUCCUGCCGUCCCCCGCAUCUCGCUUCUCCGCCGGCGGCCGCUGCUUGAGCCGGAGGAGGCGCACACUGGACCGUCCCUUCUGCUGCAGGAAGAAGGAGAGGAAGCAGGAGAAAUUGAGGGUUGCUGUUUUGGUUUCAAAAGCCGCGCUACAAUUUGUUCAUGGUGUGACCUUACCAAGUGAAUAUAGUGUACCAGAGGAAGUAAAGGCAGCAGGCUUUCGAAUUUGUGCCGAUGAACUGGGUUCAAUUGUCGAGGGCCAUGAUGUGAAAAAGUUGAAAAUUCAUGGUGGUGUUGAUGGAAUAGCAGACAAACUUUCCACAUCAAUAGAUAAUGGACUGAUUGCUUCAGAGGACAAGAUGAUGUGCAGACAAGAGAUUUAUGGAAUAAAUAAGUUUACUGAAUGUCCAGUUCAGAGUUUUUGGGUAUUUAUAUGGGAAGCACUUCAAGACACAACACUUAUAAUUCUUGCGGUGUGUGCCUUUGUAUCUCUAAUUGUUGGCGUGUCUGCAGAAGGAUGGCCAAAAGGCUCACAUGAUGGGCUUGGGAUUGCUGCAAGCAUACUUUUGGUUGUCUUUGUCACAGCAACGAGUGAUUACCGUCAAUCUUUACAGUUCAAAGAUUUGGAUAAGGAAAAGAAAAAGAUAAGUGUACAAGUUACAAGAGAUGGGUUCAGACAAAAGAUCUCAAUAUAUGAUAUACUUCCAGGUGAUAUUGUGCACUUGGCAAUUGGAGAUCAAGUCCCUGCUGAUGGGUUAUUUAUAUCUGGAUUUUCAUUGUUAAUUGAUGAAUCCAGUCUAACGGGAGAGAGUGAACCUGUGGUUGUUAAUUCUGACAAUCCUUUUCUUUUAUCAGGAACUAAGGUUCGAGAUGGUUCUUGUAAAAUGUUGGUAACCACAGUUGGCAUGAGAACCCAAUGGGGUAAGCUGAUGGCAACACUUGGUGAAGGAGGAGAUGAUGAAACUCCAUUGCAGGUCAAACUGAAUGGAGUUGCAACUAUCAUAGGGAAAAUUGGUUUAUUCUUUGCAGUUGUAACAUUUGCAGUUCUAGCUGAGGGGCUAAUUAGACAUAAGAUUCAAGAUGGUCUGUACCUUAGCUGGUCCAUAGAUGAUGCACUUGAAUUGUUGGAUUAUUUUGCCAUUGCAGUUACUAUUGUAGUCGUUGCUGUUCCUGAAGGGUUGCCCUUAGCUGUGACCUUGAGUCUUGCAUUUGCCAUGAAAAAGAUGAUGAAUGACAAAGCAUUAGUUCGCCAUCUUGCUGCUUGUGAAACUAUGGGUUCAGCCACAUCAAUUUGCAGUGACAAAACUGGGACGCUGACAACCAAUCACAUGACUGUAGUGAAAACUUGUAUAUGUGGCAAUAUUAAUGAGGUAAGUGAUCGUGAGGAAGUUAGAAACUUCACCCAAAUUCCAGAUAAUGCUAUCAAGAUACUCCUGGAAGCAAUCUUUAAUAACACUAGUGGAGAGGUUGCUCUCAAUCAAGAAAGAAAAUUUGAGAUCCUUGGAACACCAACUGAGACUGCUUUGUUAGAAUUUGGUUUGUCACUUGGUGGAGAUUUUCAGGCUGUGCGUCAAGAAACCAAUCUUGUCAAAGUCGAACCUUUCAAUUCUGUAAAGAAAAGAAUGGGUGUAGUGCUCCAACUUCCAGGAGGAGGAUACCGUGCCCAUUGUAAAGGUGCUUCAGAAAUUAUAUUGGCUGCUUGCAGCAACGUUCUAGAUCCUGCAGGUACUGCUGUUCCACUUGAUGAAGUUACUGUUGGUCAUCUCAAGAGUACGAUUGAUACCUUUGCUAAUGAAGCUCUUCGCACUCUUUGCCUUGCCUAUAUGGAGAUUGAUAAGAGCUUCUCAGCUGAUGAGCAAAUUCCUGUUGAUGGUUACACCUGUAUUGGAAUUGUCGGCAUUAAAGAUCCAGUUCGACCCGGUGUAAAAGAGUCUGUUGCAGUCUGUAGAUCUGCUGGGAUUACUGUGAGAAUGGUCACUGGUGAUAAUAUAAAUACUGCAAAAGCCAUUGCUCGGGAAUGUGGUAUUCUUACUGAUGAUGGAGUGGCUAUUGAAGGCCCGGACUUCAGAAAAAAGAGUCUAGAAGAAAUGAAUCGAUUGAUUCCGAAGCUUCAGGUAAUGGCUAGAUCUUCACCAUUAGAUAAGUAUACAUUGGUAAAGCAUCUACAAACCAUGUUUAAAGAAGUUGUUGCUGUUACUGGUGAUGGCACAAAUGAUGCUCCAGCACUUCAUGAGGCAGAUAUUGGACUUGCAAUGGGCAUUGCGGGAACUGAGGUGGCAAAAGAAAGUGCUGAUGUUAUUAUACUGGAUGACAAUUUUUCAACCAUCGCAAUUGUGGCAAAGUGGGGUCGUUCUGUAUAUAUAAACAUUCAGAAAUUUGUACAAUUUCAGCUGACUGUAAAUGUUGUUGCUCUAGUUGUAAAUUUUUCAUCAGCAUGCUUAACAGGACAUGCUCCACUCACUGCUGUUCAGCUGCUUUGGGUAAACAUGAUUAUGGACACACUUGGAGCACUUGCAUUAGCCACUGAGCCUCCUAAUGAUGAACUGAUGAAACAAGCUCCAGUUGGAAGGGAAGACAAUUUUAUAAGCAAUGCAAUGUGGAGGAAUAUCUUUGGACAAGCCUUCUAUCAGUUCAUUGUGAUAUGGUAUCUCCAGACAGAAGGGAAAGAGCUAUUUCAACUUGUGGGCCCUGAUUCUGAUCUUACACUCAAUACACUCAUCUUUAAUUCUUUUGUAUUUUGUCAGGUCUUCAAUGAAAUUAGCUCCAGAGAGAUCGAGAAUAUAGAUGUAUUGCAUGGCAUAUUGGAAAACUACAUAUUUGUAUCUGUCAUUACUUGCACCGUCAUAUUUCAAUUCAUAAUCGUCCAAUUCCUUGGAGAUUUUGCAGACACAACUCCUCUGACAUUGUCAGAGUGGGUUGUGAGCGCAUUGAUUGGAUUUCUUGGCAUGCCCAUUGCUGCCGCCAUUAAGAUGAAUCCUGUGGAUUCCAAGUAGAAAAUCCAAGUGCAAAAGUGAUGCAGAAGGCAUUAAAUUUGUGCUUUUCAGUGCUUUCCCUACCAGUCACGGUAAUAUUCUUUUGCAAAAUGGGAUUGCAUCUCUGGUAAUAGUCAGUUGGAUUCCUGGCCAUUUUUAAAUGACUCUUCCAGAUCAUCUAUACUCGAAGUGUUCAUGGAGAGCUAACCAACUUGAUACUGCAGACUGCUAACCAUCUUUGUACUAGAUCUGUCUUAAUUUAAUGCAAUUCUACAUUAGUUCCAAAAUACAGUUUCUUCUUAAUCCCAAUUGAUGUAUAUGUUACAAGCAAAAUACUCAUACUGAUACAUUAACUUAGUAAUAAUUUUUUCUUGACAGCUU